AUGAGAAGUUGGGCCAACAAACGCAACAGGGUAUUGGGCAGCAGCAGCAACAAAGACCUAAGAAGAGCAUUAACGACAGACAAGAAUGGACGAUCUACAGCUGACCAGGAGUCCAUGCAAUUGCACAUCAAGGUGGAAUCCUCCUCAAUCGGUAAUACGGGUAUCUCAGAGACUACAAAUGUGAAAGUUAGCGGUGCUGGUGUGAAGCAAGGCGACAAACUAAGGCUGAAAAGGGACAGAGAAACCGCGAGCAUAUCGUCGGCGAAGGCUAGCUCGCCCACCGGGCCCAAGAGAUUAUUGGACCUUAGUGUCGAGACGGAAGGUACCGGUGUACAGCGACUGUCUUAUCAAAACCGUGUUUAG